AGUUCUUUCAACCGUUUAAGUGCGUAGUAGGGUACGUGACGCAUUCUCACAAGUGGACGAGCGAAGAAUCCUGCACUCGACAUACCUGUUCCUACCCAUGGUCCAAGGUCAGACGGAUCAACGGCCCCUGUCUAGGGAUUUUUUCCGAAGAGUCGACGUUGUUGCCAACCUCGUAGGCGGAAAUAUUCGCGGAGAAGAUCCGCGCGGAAUUUGGAACGCCCUCAGGGUCAUGCGAACUGUGGCGCAGCGCGGGGUGGUGCAGAGGGGAGUCGCGAAUGUGGGAGAGGAUUUUCAAAGUUUUGAGGUUAUAACGAGUGUUAAGCAGGCGCCGAGACGUGGUGAGCCCAGCUGAAACGGCGAGCCGCGAGUCCUACCGGCGAAGGUGUGCGUCCGGAAACACUUUGGAGUCUCGUGAAGAAAGCCCGGAGCUCGAACAUGAGAGUGUUUAGGCUCCCUAGCAAGUGAACCCAAGUCGGAAAUGACGGCUCCAAGUAUUCUUAGGGCAAUGCGGGAGCACAGGAUGGCCGAUCUGGCCGUUUGACGAAUAAUUACGAGUUCGCGGGUGGAUAUCUGGUGAUACUAACGGGUGAAAAUGGUAAAGGAGAGACCAAAUUCAAUCCGCAUUUACGACUCGGAUGGGUACAAACGCAGAGCAGCAUGCAUCUGCGUCAGGAACGACCUCGAGGAGGAGGUGCUUCUGGUAACAUCCAGUAGAAGGCCCGACAACUGGGUGGUACCGGGUGGAGGUGUGGAACCAGAAGAGGAACCAGCGGUGACGGCACUUCGAGAAGUCAGAGAGGAGGCUGGAGUUCUUGGUCAAUUGGGUCGUUGCCUUGGCAUAUUCGAGAGCGUCGAGCAGAAACAUAGAACGCAAGUAUGGGUGAUGCGAGUAACUGAAGAAUUGCCAGAAUGGGAGGACUCGCGUGCCAUAGGUCGUAAACGAAAAUGGUUCUCUAUACCAGAAGCUCUGUUCCAGCUCGCUCAGUUCAAGCCCGUCCAGAGCUCUUACUUGCACAGCCUCCGUAAUUCUAACCCUUGCCAUAUUAAUCCCGGCAGUCCUCCGUCUCAUCAUCCUCAUACUCCAGCAGCUCCCAUUCAGCUCAUGAACAAUUCCGGUACCAGUCCCCACCUUAAUAAACACAGCUAAUACUACGUACCAUUCGUUUGCAUUAGCAUCGCCGUUGAACUCUGAAACUUAUCCACUGCAUCUCCUAUUUGCCCUUUCAGGAUCACAACAAUUAUUAUCACUGUAUUUUAUACAUUAAACUAUAAUAAUGAUACUA